AUGAUGCCAGUCCAAUGUCUCCUGACCUCCAGCCUGGCCCUCCUGGUGUUGCUGGACACAGCCACAGCAGGCCCCUUCUCUCCACGGUCCAACGUGACACUCCCAGCCCCACGGCCUCCUCCCCAGCCAGGGGGCCGUAAAGCAGUAGCAGGGAGGGGAAGCCCUUCCUCUCAGCUUUAUGAGCACACGGUGGAGGGAGGGGAGAAGCAAGUGGUGUUCACCCAUCGCAUUAACCUGCCCCCUUCAGCUGGAUGUGGUUGUCCCCCGGGCACUGAGCCCCCAGUCCCUGCUUCAGAAGUGCAGGCCCUGAGGAUCCGGCUGGAGAUCCUGGAAGAGCUGGUGAAGGGGCUCAAGGAACAGUGCAUGGGGGGAUGCUGUCCGGCAACUGCCCAGGCUGGCACAGGCCAAACAGAUGUGCGCAGCCUCUGCAGUCUCCAUGGCGUGUUUGACCUGAGCCGUUGUGCCUGUACUUGCGAGCCAGGCUGGGGUGGGCCCACCUGCUCAGACCCCACAGAUGGCACGGUGCCUCCCUCCUCCUCACCACCCUCGGCCUCUGCGUCCUGCCCCGACGACUGUAACGAUCAGGGUCGCUGCGUUCGCGGCCGCUGUGUGUGCUUCCCCGGCUACACGGGCCCCAGCUGCAGCUGGCCUUCCUGUCCCGGGGACUGCCAAGGUCGCGGGCGCUGCGUGCAAGGCGUGUGCGUGUGCCGCCCCGGCUUCUCUGGGGAUGACUGUAGCCAGCGCGCCUGCCCUCGGGGCUGCAGCCAGCGGGGCCGCUGUGAGGAUGGGCGGUGCGUGUGCGACGCUGGCUACACCGGCGAGGACUGUGGGGUGAGGAGCUGCCCUCGCGGUUGCAGCCAGCGGGGCCGCUGUGAAAACGGGCGCUGUGUGUGUGACCCUGGCUACACGGGUGAGGACUGUAGCUCGCGCAGCUGCCCCUGGGACUGUGGCGAGGGCGGGCGCUGCGUGGACGGCCGCUGUGUGUGCUGGCCCGGGUACGUGGGCGAGGACUGCAGCUCGAGGACCUGCCCGCGCGACUGCCAGGGCCGCGGGCGCUGCGAGGACGGCGAGUGCAUCUGUGAUGCUGGCUAUAGCGGGGACGACUGUGGCGUGCGCAGCUGCCCUGGCGAUUGCAGCCAAAGGGGCCACUGUGAGGACGGCCGCUGCGUGUGCUGGCCCGGGUACACGGGGCUUGACUGCGGCGCGCGCGCUUGCCCACGCAACUGUCGGGGCCGCGGGCGCUGCGAGAACGGCGUGUGCGUGUGCAACGCAGGCUAUAGCGGCGACGACUGCGGCGUGCGGAGCUGCCCCGGGGACUGUCGAGGCCGGGGCCGCUGCGAGAACGGCCGCUGCGUGUGCUGGCCUGGGUACACCGGCCGGGACUGCGGCACGCGCGCCUGCCCUGGCGACUGUCGCGGGCGCGGCCGCUGCCUGGACGGCCGCUGCGUGUGCAACCCGGGCUUCGGCGGCGAGGACUGUGGCAGCCGUCGGUGCCCCGGGGACUGCCGCGGGCGCGGCAGUUGCGAGGAUGGAGUGUGCACGUGCCACGUGGGCUACGAGGGCGAGGACUGCGGCACGCUCAGCUGUCCCGGGGGCUGCGGAGGCCGCGGCCAGUGUCAGGACGGGCGCUGCGUGUGCGACGAUGGCUACUCGGGCGAAGACUGCAGCGUGAAGCUGUGCCCGCGCGACUGCAGCCAGCGCGGUAUAUGCCAGGAUGGCCUGUGUACCUGUUGGGAGGGUUACACCGGCGAGGACUGCAGCCUCCGCACCUGCCCUGCCAACUGCCACCGCCGUGGUCGCUGUGAGGAUGGGCGCUGCGUCUGCGAUGCAGGUUACACGGGCCCCACGUGUGCCACCCGCACCUGCCCGGCCGACUGCCGGGGCCGAGGGCGCUGUGUGCAGGGAGUGUGCCUGUGCCACGCGGGCUACAGCGGCGAGGACUGCGGGCAGGAAGAGCCUCCCUCCAGCGCCUGCCCUGGGGGCUGCGGGCCCCGGGCCUUGUGCCGCGCUGGCCAGUGUGUGUGCGUGGAGGGCUUCCGAGGCCCCGACUGCGCCAUCCAGACGUGCCCCAGAGACUGCCGCGGCCGGGGAGAGUGCCAAGAGGGCAGAUGCGUCUGCCAAGAUGGCUACGCAGGGGAGGACUGUGGAGAAGAGGUGCCAGCCAUCGAGGGCGUGAGGUUGCACCUCCUGGAGGAGACGACGGUUCGGACAGAGUGGACCCGGGCUCCUGGCCCUGUGGAUGCCUAUGAAAUUCAGUUCAUCCCCAUGACAGAGGGGACAAGUCCUCCAUUCACAGCACGGGUGCCCAGUUCUGCCUCAGCCUACGACCAGAGAGGACUGUCCCCUGGCCAGGAGUACCAGGUCACUGUCCGCGCUCUUCGAGGGACCAACUGGGGCCCUCCUGCCUCCAAGACCAUUACCACCAUGAUCGAUGGCCCCCAGGACCUCCGCGUGGUGGCUGUGACACCAACAACACUGGAACUCAAUUGGCUGCGCCCCCUGGCCGAGGUGGACCGAUUUGUGGUGUCCUAUGUUAGUGCUGGCAACCAGAGGGUACGGCUGGAAGUGCCACCCAAGGCAGAUGGGACGCUGCUGAGAGACCUGAUGCCAGGCGUGGAAUAUGUUGUGACUGUCACCGCGGAACGAGGCCGGGCAGUCAGCUACCCGUCUUCUGUCAGGGCCAACACAGGGUCCUCCCCUUCAGGCCUCUUGGGGGCUACUGAUGAGCCUCCUCCCUCAGGCCCCUCGACAACCCAAGGGGCCCGGGCCCCUGACCUGCAACAGCGCCCUCAGGAACUGGCAGAGUUGAGGGUCCUGGGCAGAGAUGAGACGGGGCACCUCCACGUGGCCUGGACCGCCCAGCCCGACAUCUAUGACCACUUCCAGCUGCACCUGCGGGUGCCCCAGGGGCUGGGGGAUCAUGAAGAGCUGCUGCCAGGGGAUACUCGUCAGGCCUUGGUUCCCCCACCCCCUCCAGGAACCCCCUAUGAGCUGUUGCUUCAUGGCAUCUACCCUGGGGGCCAGCCCUCUGCCCCCCUCAUCUAUCAAGGCAUUAUGGACAGGGAUGGACACAAGCCAUCCUUGGUCCAGCCACGUCUGGGUGAGCUGAUGGUGACAGAUGUAACCCCAAACUCUCUGCUCCUGAGCUGGACGGUCCCCGAGGGCAAGUUUGAAUCCUUUGUGAUCCAGUACAAGGACAGGGAUGGGCCACGGGUGGUGCCCGUAGAUGGGCUGCAGCGCUCAUACCCCAUCACAUCCCUGGACCCUGGCCGCAAGUACAAAUUUGUCUUGUACGGGCUUGUUGGCAAGAAGCGGUACGGCCCAGUGGUCACCGAAGCCAAGACCGUGCCUUGGAGUGAUCCCAGCCCAGGGCCCCUGCCCCGCCUUGGAAAGCUGUGGGUGACAGACCCCACCCCAGACUCACUGAGCCUCUCCUGGACUGUCCCUGAAGGCCAUUUUGACUCUUUCGUGGUCCAGUACAGAGACAGGGAUGGACGGCCCCAGGUGGUACCAGUGGAAGGGCCUGAACGAUCAGUGGUCAUCUCAUCCCUGGACCCUGACCACAAGUACAGAUUCACUCUAUUUGGGAUUGCCAGCAAGAAGCGGCAUGGCCCCCUCAUAGUCGAUGGCACCACGGCCCCAGAGAGGAAAGAGGAGCACCCCCGCCCAGAGUCUCCCAAGCAGCCCCUCCUGGGGGAGCUGACGGUGACCGGCGUGACUCCAGAUUCCCUUCGUCUGUCCUGGACGGUGGCCCAGGGCCCCUUCGACUCCUUCAUGGUCCAAUACAAGGAUGCGCACGGGCAGCCCCAGGCAGUGCCUGUGUCGGGGGAUGAAAAUGAGAUCACCAUCACUGGCUUGCAAUCUGAGCGGAAGUAUAAGAUGAACCUCUACGGGCUUCGAGGCAGGCAACGUGUGGGACCUGUGUCUGUGGUGGCCACCACGGCCCCUGUCUCGGAAGACACUGAAGAGACUCCCUCUCCUACAGAGGAGGAGGAGACUCCAACCCCCACAGAACCCACCACAGAGGCCCCAGAGCUCCCUGAGGAGCCCCUCCUGGGGGAGCUGACAGUGACAGGAUCCACCAUGGACUCCCUGAGCCUCUCCUGGACCGUCCCCCAGGGCCACUUUGACAGCUUCACUGUGCAGUACAAGGACAGAGAUGGGCGGCCCCAGGUGGUACGUGUUGAGGGCGAGGAGUUUGAGGUCACCGUGCAGGGCCUGGAGCCUGGACGCAAGUACAAGAUGCAUCUGUAUGGCCUCCAUGAGGGGCGGCGUGUGGGCCCCGUGUCCACCUUGGGGCUGACGGAGGCUCCUCCAGCCAUCGAGCCCCCCCAGGAGCCUCGCCUUGGGGAGCUGACAGUGGCAGAUGUGACCCCCAACUCAGUGGACCUCUUGUGGACAGUCCCGGAGGGUGAAUUUGACUCUUUCCUGGUCCAGUACAAGGACAGAGAUGGACAGCCCCAGGCUAUGCCUGUGGGCCAAGACCAGCGUGAGGUGACCAUCCCUGGCCUGGAGCCCUCCCAAAAGUAUAAUAUCAACUUCUAUGGGAUACAUGAUGGGCACCACAUGGGCCCCCUCUCUGUGGUAGCUGUGACAGCACCAGCCGCAGCCACAGAGACUCCUGAACCCCGCCAAGAGCCUCGCCUGGGGGAGCUGGCAGUGACGGACGUGACCUCCAACUCCGUGGGCCUCUCCUGGACGGUGCCUCAGGGCGAGUUUGACUCCUUUGUAGUCCAGUACAAGGACAGGGACGGGCAGCUUCAGGUGGUGCCUGUGGCCGCAGACCAGCGUGAGGUCACCAUCCCUGACCUGGAGCCCUCCCGCAAGUACAAGCUCCUGCUCUUUGGGAUCCAGGAUGGGAAGCGACGAGGCCCAGUUUCUGUGGAGGCAAAGACUGCUGCCCGAGGUGCCGACAGCUCAGGAGCCCCGCCCCGUCUUGGGGAGUUAUGGGUGACGGACCCCACCCCAGACUCGCUGCACCUCUCCUGGACGGUCCCUGAGGGCCACUUUGACUCUUUUGCGGUCCAAUUCAAGGACAGGAGUGGGCCUAGAGUGGUGUCCGUGGAGGGCCACCAGCGCUCAGUCACUGUCACCCCUCUGGACCCUGGCCGCAAAUAUCGAUUCUUCCUCUAUGGCCUCUUGGAUAAGAAGCGCCAUGGCCCCCUCACUGCUGAUGGCACCACAGAGACUCGGAGAGCUGUGGACCAGACCGUAACAAAGCAUCCCCCAAAGCCCCGUCUCGGGGAGGAGUUGCAGGUGACCAGUGUGACCCCAGACUCCGUGGGCCUCUCGUGGAUGGUUCCUGAGGGUGAAUUCGACUCCUUUGUGAUCCAGUACAAGGACAGGGAUGGGCAGCCCCAGGUGUUGCCUGUAGAGGGCAGCCUCAGGGAGAUCACCGUGCCAGGCCUGGACCCUGCCCGCAGGUACAAGCUCCUGCUCUAUGGGCUGUAUGGCAACCGGCGUGUGGGUCCCAUCUCCACCUUCGCCGUGACUGCCUCACAGGAGGAAGAGGAUGAACCUUCAGAAUCACCCACAGUGGCCCCCGAGCCUCCCUUAAAGCCACGUCUGGGGGAACUAACUGUGACUGAUGCCACCUCUGACACCUUGCACCUGUCCUGGACUGUCCCUGAGGGCCGCUUUGACUACUUCCUGGUCCAGUACAAGAAUGGGGAUGGCCAGCUCAAGGCAGUGCAGGUGCCAGGGGAAGAGGAUGGGGUCACCAUCUCGGGCCUGGAGCCAGACCACAAGUAUAAGAUGAACCUGUAUGGCCUCCAUGGUGGCCAGCGUGUGGGCCCUGUCUCUGCCAUUGGGGUGACUGCCCCUGAAGAGGAGCCCCCAUCUCCUGCAGCCCCACCUCCCACUGCCGCCCAGGACCUUCCAAAGCCGCGCCUAGGGGAGCUGACUGUGACUGAUGCCACCCCCGACUCCUUGCACCUGACCUGGACAGUCCCUGAGGGCCUCUUUGAUUACUUCCUGGUCCAGUACAGGAAUGGAGAUGGGCAGCCCAAGGCAGUGCGGGUGCCGGGGCAUGAGGAUAGUGUCACCAUCUCGGGCCUGGAGCCAGACCACAAGUACAAGAUGAACCUGUAUGGCCUCCAUGAUGGCCAGCGAGUGGGCCCUGUCUCUGCCAUCGGGGUGACUGCUCCAGAAGAAGAGACCCCCACCCCCACAGAACCCACCACGGAUGCCCCGGAGCCCCCUGAGGAACCACUCCUGGGGGAGCUGACAGUGACAGGAUCCACUGUGGACUCCCUGAGCCUCUCCUGGACCGUCCCCCAGGGCCACUUUGACAGCUUCACCGUGCAGUACAAGGACAGAGAUGGGCGGCCCCAGCUGGUGCGUGUCAGAGGCGAGGAGCAUGAGGUCACCGUACGGGGUCUGGAACCCGGGCACAAGUACAAGAUUAACCUUUAUGGCCUCCAUGAGGGGCAGCGUGUAGGCCCCAUGUCCACUGUGGGGACGACCCCAGCCUCACCUACAGCCACCCCUGAGCCUCCCUUCAAGCCACGCCUGGGAGAGCUGAUUGUGACUGAUGCCACUCCCGACUCCCUGCACCUGUCCUGGACGGUCCCCGAGGGUGACUUUGACCACUUCCUGGUCCAGUACAGGAACGGGGAUGGGCAGCCCAAGGCUGUGCGGGUGCCAGGCCAUGAGAAUGGGGUCACCAUCUUGGGCCUGGAGCCGGACCACAAAUACAAGAUGAACCUGUACGGCUUCCAUGAUGGCCAGCGUGUGGGCCCCAUCUCUGCCAUUGGGGUGACUGCUCCAGAAGAAGAGACCCCCGCUCCCACAGAGGUGGAGGAGACCCAGACCCCCACGGAGCCUACCACCGAGGCCCCAGAGGCCCCCGAGGAGCCGUUCCUGGGGGAGCUGACAGUGACAGGAUCCACCUCGGACUCUUUGAGUCUCUCCUGGAUUGUCCCUCAAGGCCAAUUUGACGCCUUCACUGUGCAGUACAAGGGCAGGGACGGGCGGCCCCAGAUUGUUCGUGUCAGGGGUGAGGAGCGUGAGGUCACCGUGCAGGGCCUGGAGCCUGGGCGCAAGUACAAGAUGCACCUCUACGGCCUCCAUGAGGGGCGGCGUGUGGGCCCUGUGUCCACCUUGGGGCUGACAGCUCCUAUGGACGAAGUCAGGAUGACCUCAGCCCCGCCCACAGCUGCCUCUGAACCUCCCUUCAAACCACACUUGGGGGAACUGACUGUGACCGAUGCCACCCCCGACACACUGCACCUGUUCUGGACGGUGCCCGAGGGCCAUUUUGACCACUUCCUGGUCCAGUACAAGAACGGGGAUGGGCAGCCCAAGGCUGUGGGGGUACCAGGGCAUGAGAACAAGGUCACCAUCUCGGGCCUGGAGCCAUACCACAAGUACAAGAUGAACCUUUAUGGCUUCCAUGGUGGGCAGCGUGUGGGUCCUAUCUCUGCCAUUGGGGUGACUGCUCCAGAGGAAGAGACCCCUGCCUCCACAGAGGUGGAAGAGACCCCAACCCCCACAGAGCCUACCACAGAAGCCCCAGAAGUUCCCGAGGAGCCACUCCUGGGGGAGCUGACAGUGACAGGAUCCACCUCGGACUCCCUGAGCCUCUCCUGGACCAUCCCCCAGGGCCACUUUGAUGCCUUCACUGUGCAGUACAAAGGCAGGGAUGGGCGGCCCCAGGUGGUGCGUGUUGGAGGCGAGGAGCGUGAGGUCACCGUGCAGGGCCUGGAGCCUGGGCGCAAGUACAAGAUGCACCUGUACGGCCUCUAUGAGGGGCGGCGUGUGGGCCCUGUGUCCAUCAUGGGCCUCACAGAGGAUGAAGUUAGCAUGACCCCAGCCCCGCCCACAGCUGCCCCUGAACCUCCCUUCAAGCCGCGCCUGGGGGAGCUGACCGUGACCGAUGCCACCCCUGACACCCUGCACCUGUCCUGGACGGUCCCCGAGGGCCACUUUGACCACUUCCUGAUCCAGUACAAGAACGGGGAUGGGCAGCCCAAGGCUGUGCAGGUGCCAGGGCAUGAGAACGAGGUCACCAUCUCAGGCCUAGAGCCGGACCACAAGUACAAGAUGAACUUGUACGGCCUCCAUGGCAGCCAGCAUGUGGGUCCUGUCUCUGCAGUUGGGGUGACGGCUCCAGAAGAAGAGACUCCCACUCCCACAGAGGUGGAGGAGACCCCGACCCCCACGGAGCUCACUACUGAGGCCCCAGAGUCCCCCAAGGAGCCACUCCUGGGGGAGCUGACAGUGACAGGAUCCACCUCGGACUCCCUGAGCCUCUCCUGGACUGUCCCCCAGGGCCACUUUGAUGCCUUCACCGUGCAGUAUAAGGGCAGGGAUGGGCGGCCCCAGGUGGUUCGUGUCAGGGGCGAGGAGCGUGAGGUCACCGUGCAAGGCCUGGAGCCCAGGCGCAAGUACAAGAUGCACCUGUACGGCCUCUAUGAGGGGCGGCGUGUGGGCCCUGUGUCCGCCUUGGGGCUGACAGAUGAUGAAAUUAGGACGACCCCAGCCUCGCCCACAGCUGCCCCUGAGACUACCUUCAAGCCGCGCCUGGGGGAGCUGACCGUGACCGAUGCCACCCCUGACACCCUGCACCUGUCCUGGACGGUCCCCGAGGGCCACUUUGACCACUUCCUGAUCCAGUACAAGAACGGGGAUGGGCAGCCCAAGGCUGUGCGGGUGCCAGGGCAUGAGAACGAGGUCACCAUCUCGGGCCUGGAGCCGGACCACAAGUACAAGAUGAACCUGUACGGCCUCCAUGGCAGCCAGCGUGUGGGUCCCGUCUCUGCAGUUGGGGUGACUGCUCCAGAGGAGACCCCCGCCCCCACAGAGCCCACCACGGAGGCCCCAGAGACCCCUGAGGAGCCACUCCUGGGGGAGCUGACAGUAACUGGAUCCACUGUGGACUCUCUGAGCUUCUCCUGGACCGUCCCUCAGGGCCACUUUGAGGGCUUCACUGUGCAGUACAAGGACAGGGACGGGCAGCCCCAGGUUGUGCGUGUGGGGGGCGAGGAGCGUGAGGUCACCAUGCAGGGUCUGGAACCUGGGCGCAAGUAUAAGAUGCACCUGUAUGGCCUCCAUGCGGGGCGUCGCGUGGGUCCCGUGUCCACAGUGGGCAUGACAGGCCCCCUGCCCACUGAGCUCCCCAUGGACCCCUGUCUGGGUGAGCUGGCCGUGGAAGCCGUGACCCUGGACAAUGUGCACCUCUCAUGACAGAGCCUCUUCGAUUCUUUCCUGGUCCAGUACAGAGAUGUGCAGGGGCACUCCAGAGAGCUUCGUGGGGUUACUGUUUUAGGACUGGAAGCAGUAGGAAAGUACAAGUUCCUCCUUUUUGGACUCCAGCCUGAAAACGGCCGGCUGGGUCCGGUCUCUGUGGUGGCAAAGACUAAAUUUCGUGUUCCAGACACGAAACCUUCUCCCCGCUUGGGGGAGCUGGCAGUGGUGGACGUGAGCCCUGACUCUUUGGGCCUCUCAUGGACAGUCCCAGAGGGCAAGUUCGACUCUUUCGUGGUCCAGUACAAGGACAAGGAUGGGCAGCUCCAGGUGGUGCCUGUGGCUGCAGACCAGCACAAGGUCACCGUCCCCGGCCUGGAGCCCAACAAGAAAUACAAGUUCCAGCUCUAUGGACUGGUGGGCCGGAAGCGGAUGGGGCCUGUCUCUGCAGAAGGCAUGACCGGCCCUAUUGAGGAGCAGCCCCUACCCCGCCUCGGGGAGCUCACAGUGACUGAUGAGACCCCAGGUUCCCUGCGCCUCUCAUGGACAGUGGCCCAGGGCCCCUUCGACUCCUUCGUGGUCCAGUACAGGGACACAAAUGGGCAGCCCCAGACAGUGCCCGUGGCUGGAGACCAGCGUGAGGUCACCAUACAAGGCCUGGAGCCAAGCAGGAAAUACAAGUUCUUGCUCUAUGGGCUCCUCGGACGGAAGCGCCUGGGCCCCGCCUCUGCCCUGGGGGUGACAGCCCCAGAAGAGGACACAUCAGCCCCCUUGCUUCCUGUCACAGAGGGCCCCGAACCCCCUGAACAGCCCCGCCUGGGGACACUGGCAGUGACCGACGUGACCCCAGACUCCCUGCACCUCUCAUGGACAGUGGCCCAGGGCCCCUUUGACUCCUUUGUGGUCCAGUAUCAGGACGCAGAUGGGCAGCCCCAGGCUUUGCUCGUGAGCAACAACCAGCACAAGGUCCUGGUCUCGGGCCUGGAGCCCAGCACCUCCUACACGUUCUUCCUCUACGGCCUCCGUGAGGGGACACGCCUGGGGCCCGUCUUGGUUGAAGGCACCACAGGGGAAGCUCCUGCUGGUCAGAGCCCAGGGGAGCCAGGGCCCCGCCUGUCCCAGCUAUCCGUGACUGACGUGACCACCAGUUCCCUGCGGCUCAACUGGGAGGCCCCACCUGAGGCCUUCGACUCCUUCCUGCUCCGCUUUGGGAUCCCAUCACCCAGCACUCUGGAACCACACCCACGUCCCCUGCUGCAGCGGGAGCUAACGGUGCAGGGGGCCCAGCGCUCAGCCAUACUCCGGGACCUGCAGCCCGGGACCCUGUACAGCCUCACACUGUAUGGGCUGCGUGGACCCCACAAGGCUGACAGCAUCCAGGGCACUGCCCGCACCCUCAACCCAGUUCUGGAGAGCCCCCGUGACCUCCAAUUCAGUGACAUCGGGGAGACCUCAGCCAAGGUCAGCUGGAUCCCCCCACUGUCCAGGGUGGACAGCUUCAAAGUCUCCUACCAGCUGGCAGAUGGAGGGGAGCCACAGAGCGUGAAGGUGGAUGGCCGGUCCCAGACCCAGAAACUCCAGGGGCUGAUCCCGGGUGCCCGCUACGAGGUGACUGUGGUUUCCGUCCGAGGCUUUGAGGAGAGCGAGCCUCUCACAGGUUUCCUCACCACAGUUCCUGAUGGCCCCACCCAGCUUCGUGCACUGAAUUUGACUGAGGGAUCUGCCCUGCUGCACUGGAAGCCCCCCCAGAAGCCAGUGGACAAAUACAAUGUCCGGGUCACAGCUCCAGGGGCCCCGUCCCUACAGGGCUCUGCCCCAGGCAGCUCCGAGGACUACCCCCUACAAGACCUUGUGCUUCAUACCAACUACACGGCCACCGUGCGCGGCCUUCGGGGCCCCAAUUUCACUUCCCCGGCCAGCAUCACCUUCACCACAGGGCUGGAGCCCCCCCAGGACUUGGAAGCCAAGAAGGUGACCCCCCGCACAGCCAUGCUUACUUGGACCGAACCCCAGGUCCCACCCACAGGCUACCUACUCAGUUUUGACACCCCUGGUGGACAGACCCAGGAAAUACUACUCUCUGGCGGCAUCACCUCUCACCAGCUCCGUGGCCUCUUUCCCUCCACCCUGUAUAGUGCCCGGCUCCGGGCUGUGUGGGACCAGAGCUUCUCACCACCUGUGUCCACCACCUUCACCACCGGUGGGCUGAAGAUCCCCUUCCCCCGGGACUGUGGGGAGGAGAUGAAGAACGGGGUCAGCACCUCGAGGACCACCACCAUCUUCCUCAAUGGCAACCGCGAGCGGCCCCUGGAUGUGUUUUGUGACAUGCAGACCGAUGGAGGCGGCUGGCUGGUUUUCCAGCGCCGCAUGGAUGGAAAAACAGACUUCUGGAGGGACUGGGAGGACUAUGCUCACGGCUUUGGGAACAUCUCUGGGGAGUUCUGGCUGGGCAACGAGGCCUUGCACAGCCUGACCCAAGCUGGCGACUACUCCAUGCGGGUGGAUCUGCGGGCUGGGGACGAGGCCGUGUUUGCCCAGUACGACUCUUUCCAAGUAGACUCUGCUGCUGACUACUACCGCCUCCACCUGGAGGGCUACCAUGGCACUGCAGGGGACUCCAUGAGCUACCACAGUGGCAGCGUCUUUUCUGCCCGUGACCGAGACCCCAACAACUUGCUUAUCUCCUGUGCCGUCUCCUAUCGUGGGGCCUGGUGGUACAAGAACUGCCACUAUGCCAACCUCAAUGGGCUCUAUGGGAGCACAGUGGACCACCAGGGUGUGAGCUGGUACCACUGGAAGGGCUUCGACUUCUCGGUGCCCUUCACGGAAAUGAAGCUGAGACCAAGAAGCUACUGGCCCCCGGCCCGAGGCUGAGCCGCUGCCCACCUCUCUCGGCCCCAGCACGACUGCCGAGCACUGAGGGGUCGCACCGAGAGAAGAGCCAGGGGCCGCCUUCACUAUCCAGCCACCGGAGGACGCCUUCUCCGCCCGC